AGCCAAGCUUUAGGUGCUCAAGGUCGACGCUCGUAGCCCAAACGGCAGUUGGCCGGCGCAUGCAAGGCCCAGCAGUCGUGCCCUAUGAUGCGGACCUUGAGCAUGUGUUCCUCUUUGUCAAUCCGAAAGCUGGAGGACAACUAGGGGAUGUCUUCCUGCAGAUUCCCCAACCUUUUGAUGUUCGUAUUGACCCCACGCGGCGAGCCAGACUGCAUGUGUUCAGCUUGACAGAGGGCAAGUCGGGAAACAAGCCGGGCUUCCACUUUCUGCGACAGGUGUUGAUGAGCUACGCGUGGGUGCGCGUCUUCGUGGGUGGAGGUGAUGGGACUGUCAUGUGGGUGGUUUCAGAAGCUCAGAAGCACGGGGUCCACACGGAGACGGGGAUACGAAUAGGUAUGGUGCCCUUGGGCACAGGCAACGAUUUUUCCCAAGCUCUCGGCUGGGGUGGAAGGAACCCAGAUGCAGAUGCGCUGCUGAAGAAUGAUUGUGCUGGGAUGAGGGACCUAAUGCAAGACUGGAUCAAAGCAGAGACAGAGCUUCACGACAUUUGGCGAAUUUCGCUGAAAGUGGAUGAAGAGGACGGUUUCCUCUACAACAAGGACACGGUACUGACUGAUGCUGAUGGAUCGGAGCAGAAGUCUUUGGAUUCUCACAUGUUGCUCUACUGUGGAAUCGCAAAGGACGCCGAGCUCGCUUACAAUGUCGAGCUUCGCCGUACAAAAAGUCAAUGCUUGAACAAGCUGGUCUACAUUUGGCAAGGAGCAAUGAUCUCCUUGCAUUUCUUCUGUUGCGUUGGACAGCGAGUUCAGAGAGUGCUUCGAGGCCUUUACCAUGGCACGAGCCGAAAGGGGGAGCCAAUCUUCGAGGUUGGUGUGCGCAGCAAGGGGCCCAGGUUAUAUAGCAAUCCAGAGAUGCUGCUCUGCCUCAACAUCAACUCGUAUGGCGGCGGCGUGGCGCGUAAUCUCUGGAACAACUCCUGGCGAAAUGGCACCUCGCAGCCUCUCAUGGACGACUUGCUGGAGCUGGACCAAGACCCGGGAGACAAGCAGCUGGAGGUGAUGACACUUUCCAGGCUGCUGCGCGCGGCCAUGCCAACCAACUCAGUGCUUGGCGGCCGUCGGGUUUUCCAGGGUGCACCCCUGCAUUUCGAGUUCAAGCAGCGAAAUUAUCGUGACUUGAUCACCUUUUUCCAGGUGGAUGGCGAAAGCUACAAGCUUCAAAAUCCGGUCUCUCUGACUAUCGAGCACAACCAGCAAAUUUGUGUCCUGUGCAAGGUAGAUAGCCGCCGGACAGGAUGCUGUGGAAAUGUUUGUGGCUUCGAAUCAGCCUCGUCGGGCUCAACCUCAGAUCCUGAUGUAUGACAUCCAAUUGUUUAUGCAACCCAGGUUUCACCAUGAGUGAGCAAUGAUGUUUUGUGGGACUUUAAUUGUAGCAUUCAGAAAGUGCCAGUCAUCAGAUGAUGCAUCAGCGCUGAAGCGGUGUCAGCUGGAGCAUCUAGCGAAACACACCGUGUCG